UCCAGUAUCCCGCGUGCAUUACAAACACUUGCUCGUACAUGGAAAAUGCCGGUGGAAAGUUUGAAAGUUGCGUCUAAUCGUAGUCGGAGACUUUAAAGGUUCGAGCACGGGAUUCGAAGCCUCUUCGAGCCUCAGGCAAAAUGAUUAUUCCCGUCCGAAUUGAACAGGUUUUGAGGAAAUCCUCGGAUCGCCGAUCAUAAAAUUUGGCGAUGAAAACCCGAAGGAUCUUCACUGAGCUCUAACGCUCCUCAACCAAUUCCUGCACAAACAUUCAACUCUUAAAAUUUAGUUCGGCAAAAGGCUUUUGAGAGCACACACCUCUCGCAAAUAAGCUCGCAAAUUGGUGCCGUUGUGCUGCCACUUCGCGAGAGUUUGACCGAAGAAACUGUAAUUGGAGGAGCGAGGAGGGAUAAUAAAUUGCAAAACGGUUGAGCCAGCGGUCUGGCUAGUUUUCUGCAGCUAUUACGUUGUGCAUUGACAUUUGAUCAGUACCGAAAGAUAAUAAACGGCUUUCGAUUUCGUCCGAGGACAUCGAUGAGCGAAAACGGUUCCCGUAUUUUUACGCGCGUCAAUCGCUCUCGCUUUUCCGGCGUUUUACGGACACUCGCACAAUUUUCAAACCGGCCAAUUUCGGGGAUGCGAGGUGUGCGAGCUAGCAUCGCGAAAUAUGAAUAAUUUCAUUGGAAAGGUGAGAAACUUCAUUUGCUUGGAAUAUCAUCGUGUUUGCACUUGCGUACAGUGCAUCGACCACGAUUCAACGUGAGAAAUGUAACGCUGGAUUCAUAGAGGAAGAGCGACGAAAAGGAACGGGGCUCGUGUCGCUCCAUUUAUAUUCAUCGUAAUUUCGUAAAUCCUGAUCGUCGGAGAUUUGGUUCUUCCUUUUGUCGGGUAUAGACUGGCUUUCCGGUAUUCUGCGAGCUCGUUUCACCCCCGUCUCUAUUUUCUUCAUGUCGUAUAGUUACCUCACGAAGCAGGCUUGAAGGAUUUUCCUGAAAGUUCCGACUGAUUGACUCAACGCGAGCGAAAACUUGCGAUUUCAAGAAAGCAUGGAGACCCAGACCGAGUGAUAUGAGAUUCGGAUAUAAGGGGUCUGGAAAAGUUGAUGUCUUCGGAACGACACGAUGCCGGGCCAGAAUGCGACUACCAUUGGUAGCAAUCUUCAGGAGGAGGAACAUCGACGAAUCCUCUUUGAAAGGCAACAAGAAUGCAUGGAACAACUCGCUCAGAACGCCACUCCGCCAUCAGAACUGUAUUGUCCAGGCUUGUUUGACGGAUGGUCCUGUUGGCCUGAUACACCGGCAGGUCAAAAAGCGUACAUUUCGUGUCCUUACUUCAUCACUGGUUUCGACACAUCACUGAGAGCGCACAAAAUUUGCGAGCCUAACGGUACGUGGUUUCGUCAUCCCGAAUCACUCCAGAUAUGGAGCAACUACACGACUUGUGUCAACAUCGAGGAUCUCAACUGGCAGCAGCAAGUAAACACGAUCUACGAAGUUGGCUACACGAUUUCCCUCAUAGCACUUCUAGUGUCUCUGGGAAUUCUUACGUACUUCCGUUCUCUCCGAUGUGCCCGGAUCACUCUGCACAUGAAUCUGUUCGCUUCCUUUGCAAUAAACAAUGCAUUGUGGCUUAUCUGGUACGGAACGGUUGCCUCAAAUGCCGAUUUACUUCCGGAUAAUGGGAUUCCCUGUCGAAUGUUGCAUGUUGUUCUACACUAUUUUCUACUGACAAAUUACGCUUGGAUGCUGUGCGAGGGUUUUUAUCUUCACAUGCUUCUCGUUUGCGCAUUUACGAGCGAACAAAACUUAGUAAAAUGGCUUAUGGGCGUUGGGUGGUUAACGCCGGCUAUAUUCGUACUGAUUUAUGCCAUACUUAGAACAGUCAGCGAUGAUCCAGCUGACAACUCGCAGUGCUGGAUUGACGAGGGUAAUUACAAGUACGUCUUGGUCUUGCCUGUUGGUGUAUCGACCCUACUCAACCUCAUGUUUCUCUGUAAUAUCGUACGUGUACUGCUUACUAAAUUACGAGCUGGUCCUGCUAUUGGGACUCGACCUUCGCGCUCAAUGCUCCAAGCUUUUCGAGCCACAUUACUCCUGGUCCCACUGCUCGGUCUCCACUACUUGGUUAUUCCCUUUCGACCACCAAAAGGUCAUCCCUGGGAAAGGGGAUACGAAAUUAUUUCCGCUAUUACGGCUUCCUUUCAAGGCCUCUGCGUCGCGAUCCUCUUCUGUUUUUGCAACGGCGAGGUAAUAGCGCAGUUCAAACGAAAAUGGGAAGGUACGGCAUUCAUGAGAAAACGAGCGAAUUCGUGCACGGCAACAACGGUCUCGGUCCGUUACCGGGAGAGGAAAAGGUGUGACUAUCAAAAGGCGGCACCGAUCGAUGAAAAGGAGGAAAAAUUGAUGGCUAAUUCAUCGCCGACCGGCUCGGCUUAUGUGGGAUUCCGUAGGGGCAGUAAUAACGGCUUAAGCAGUACACGGGUGCUCAUCAGACGCAACGAAUCGGCUGAUGACUUCAAUCAGUAUCAAAGCCAGUGCUGAUAACGGUGACACGGAAAAUCAGGAUCUAAUAAUUUCUCGAUAUUCCUCAUCGGUCGCACUCAAUAAAGAGUCUUCGUUCAUCGAUUUCUGAAAUUUUGAUAGAAUUGUCAUUCCGCUCGAUAAAAUACACAAUUGACGUAAAUAAUUAUUGGAUACGAAAAUCAAAUGUAUAAAUGAAGAAUCGAAACUUUUCGAAGAAAACUGUAAUCGAUUACAUCGACGUUUGUUUAAAAAAUUGAUGCAAGCUUUGAUCUCGAAAGUGCUGGCGUAAAUGGUUUGCUAAAGGCAGCAAAUUGACAUAAAAUUUAAAAGAUUCAACUAUUUUUCUCCGCGACAACAAUUAUGAUCUAGCAUGGUUAUGCAUCGGAGCGGAAUAAUCUUUAAAAUGAUUUUUUUUGCACAAAAUGGUACUAGUCGUUGCCUAUAUCAGUUAAUGUAGUAACACUGAAUGUCCUAAUAUGUAAGUGUGUAUAUAAAUGUAUCAAAAUGUAAAUUAGGAAUUGUCUGAUGGUAAAUUUGUAUAAAACAAAACCACGGGAAAAAAUAACUGUCCUGCCUCGAUUUUUCCCAGAUGUAUAUAUACGGGCAUUAAUGCUAGAACUACUAACUCAUAUAAAUUGAAAAAUGGUCAGAAAUAUCACGAGGCAGUCGUAGCUUUACGUAAAAAAUGAGACACUCCUUAACUUGAUCAAUUAGUUGCACAUUGGCAUGACAAUAUUAUAGUGUUUGAUACUCUUAUCUGUUAAAUUGAGAAAAAAAAUAAAAAUUUCUAACUAUAUCUGUCCGUCUAUACAGAUGACUGCUUUCGACCCCGAAAUCAGUGAUUAGAUUUCAAUGUUUCUUUCACGAAAAGAAAUUGGAUAUUGAAAAAUAAAAACAGGAAAGCUAACGGCUGCAGCAAAAACACAAAUGUUUGAGAAAUUAGAAUUUUUAUUUUAAAUCUCAACAGGCAUUACCAUUGUUCAACAAGAAAAAAACUGGCAUCACAUUCAUAGACACUGUUUACGUACGUUGAACCGGUUGAAAAAAAUGUACUGCUUCAUUGACGAUUCAUUUCGGCCCGAUGUUAAAGGUGCUAAGUUCUAAAAUACAAAUUGUUCUUUUGUUACGGAAAGACAAAAUAAUUCAUGGUGAAAUUUCGGAGACUACGCAAACUGUAAAAUAAUUCCAUUAAAAAACCAUCAGACGAAUAAUCAACGAAUUAUUUCUAAAAAACAAUUGAACGUACCCGUCUGUGAAUGUGUCAAAGUAGUCAAAACUUAACAAACAAUAUCCCAGUGUACUUACGAUGAAAGAAUAAAAAAUAUACUGUAAGAAAUUAUUUUAAAUAUGAGUAUUUUGUGAGAUUUUGUAAAUACGUGCGAAAUAUUAAAAUGUACAAAACGUGUAUCAAGCUGUAUGCGUAAAUGGAAAUAAUAUGUUAUGUAUUUACUUCGGAAAAAGGAGGAAAAAUAAAUCUUCAAGUAUAUUUGAUGCAA